UUGUGCUCGGAACAUGGCGGGCGUUGGCGACGCGGCCGCCCCGGGAGAAGGCAGCGGUGGCGGCGUAGACGGCCCGCAGCGGGACGGCCGCGGCGAGGCGGAGCAGGCGGGCGGCAGCGGCGGACAAGGGCCCCCGCCGGCGCCUCAGCUCACUGAGACGCUGGGCUUCUACGAGAGCGACCGGCGGCGGGAGAGGCGCCGGGGCCGCACAGAACUUUCAUUGUUGAGGUUCCUCAGUGCUGAACUAACAAGAGGGUACUUCCUUGAACAUAAUGAGGCCAAGUAUACAGAAAGAAGAGAAAGAGUAUACACUUGUUUGCGAAUACCAAGAGAAUUGGAAAAGCUGAUGGUGUUUGGAAUCUUUCUGUGCCUGGAUGCGUUUUUGUAUGUGUUCACCCUGCUUCCUUUAAGAGUUUUCCUGGCACUAUUCAGGCUCCUCACUUUGCCUUGCUAUGGCUUAAGGGACAGACGUUUGCUUCAGCCUGCCCAGGUAUGUGACAUUUUGAAGGGUGUCAUUUUGGUCAUCUGCUAUUUUAUGAUGCACUAUGUUGACUACUCCAUGAUGUACCACCUGAUAAGGGGGCAGUCCGUCAUCAAGCUCUACAUCAUAUACAACAUGCUGGAGGUAGCUGAUCGUCUGUUUUCAUCUUUUGGACAAGAUAUAUUAGAUGCUCUCUAUUGGACAGCAACAGAACCUAAAGAAAGAAAAAGAGCCCACAUUGGGGUGAUUCCUCACUUUUUCAUGGCUGUUCUCUAUGUCUUUUUGCAUGCAAUUCUUAUUAUGGUUCAAGCAACAACUCUCAAUGUAGCUUUUAACUCACACAACAAGUCUUUGCUUACUAUCAUGAUGUCUAAUAAUUUUGUUGAAAUUAAAGGAAGUGUUUUCAAGAAGUUUGAAAAGAACAAUCUCUUUCAAAUGUCAAAUAGUGAUAUUAAGGAACGAUUCACAAAUUAUGUGCUUUUACUAAUAGUGUGUCUGAGAAACAUGGAACAGUUUUCUUGGAAUCCAGAUCAUCUCUGGGUGUUGUUUCCAGAUGUCUGUAUGGUAAUUGCAUCAGAAAUUGCCGUGGAUAUUGUAAAACAUGCCUUUAUCACCAAAUUCAAUGACAUUACUGCAGAUGUCUACAGUGAAUAUAGAGCCAGUCUUGCUUUUGACCUUGUUAGCAGCCGACAGAAAAAUGCGUACACUGAUUACAGCGACUCUGUAGCACGGAGGAUGGGCUUUAUUCCUCUCCCACUAGCUGUUUUACUCAUCAGAGUUGUAACAAGCUCAAUUAAAGUGCAAGGAAUCCUGUCCUAUGCCUGUGUCAUACUCUUCUAUUUUGGGUUGGUAUCCCUGAAAGUACUUAAUAGCAUUGUGCUGUUGGGGAAAUCGUGCCAGUAUGUGAAAGAAGCCAAAAUGGAAGAGAAGCUGUCGAAUCCUCCCCCAGCCUGCACUCCAGGCAAGCCGUCCAGUAAAUCACAGAACAAAUGUAAACCCUCUCAAGGCCUUUCCACAGAAGAAAACCUGUCUGCCUCUGUCACCAAUCAGCCUGUUCAUCAAAAGGAAAAUAUCAUACCAUUACUUGUGACAAGCAACUCUGAUCAGUUUUUGACAACUCCAGAUGGUGACGAGAAGGACAUAACGCAGGACAAUUCUGAAUUAAAACACAGAUCCUCAAAGAAAGAUUUGUUAGAGAUAGACAGGUUCACAAUUUGCGGAAACCGAAUUGACUGAAUAUGUGGCUCCAUGUGCUGACGAAGCUGGGUCCUGGGGCAGCAAAUGCUGUGUUGCCAGGACAGACAGAUGCUAAACAUGGCACUUAAAUAUUUAUUUAAAAACUUAAAUUAUUAUUGGCAAGCAGAUCUUAGUAUCUUUCUUCCAGUAAUGUGGCCUGGCUGAGGGUCAGAUCACAAGACAGGAGCGACCUCGGCCUUGACUCUCUGGGAAGCUUGAUGGAUUAUAAAACUUCUCCUGCCUGGCCAAGCAGCAGCGUCACUUCCAGGACCCAACCAAGGCAACAUCAAAAUCUGUUUUGCUUUGUCAAUCUGGGCUUCCAGAAUGUUGAAUUUGCCUCAAGGCCUCUUCAGUGUAAGGAAAUACCUGGACAACUGUGAAGCUUUUACCAUGACUUUACCUUACCAGUCUCAUACUAUUUUCACAAACAGUUUUCAAAUGUUACUACAUCUGCCAAAGCAUUAAAAAAAAUUAAACAUAAGUCAACAUAAAUAUUCUUACCACCAGAAUAACCCUUAAAGAUGUAUCUUGAUUAAUCAGAAUAAAAGGCUACCUUAAAUAAGACAUAAUGAAUAGUAGCAUUUUGUAGGGUAAACAAAAACAAAAAACGCUAAACCAGUUUAUUUAUUUUAAAAAUUAAUGAAGGCUAUGCAUUACUGGGAAAAACCCUUCAUAAUUUUUCAGUUUACUCUUUAAAGCAAAAUGUGAGCUGUAUGUCAUUUAAUUGCGGUGGAUAAAAUAUAAAUGCCCUUACAAAAGGGCACUUUUUACACCAAGGAAGCAGAGCAGUGUUAACUUUAAGGUAUACUUCACUGGUUUUGCUUUAAAACUAAUUGCUUCAUAAAUUAUUACAGCUAAAAGGAUUUGGUGUUGAACAGGCUGAAAAAUUGUCAGUGUACAAAAUUCAAAACUGUCAAUUUUAACUGUAAGUAAAUGCUCCAGGUGUGUUAGGCAGCAGCAUCUUGCUUGGGCUUAUCAAAUGCAUCAGUCCUUCUGUUUAGGUGGACAGCGGGUGUGCCUGUGCUGGGGCAGGGUGUGUGUUCUGUGGGUGUGUGUCUGUGGGGAUGUAACAGCCAGGGUGGGCCUGUGCUGGGGCAGGGUGUGUGUUCUGUGGCUGUGUGUCUGUGGGGAUGUGACUGUCAGGGUGGGCCUGUGCUGGGGGUGGGGCAGGCCCCAGUCAGGAGAGGAUUUUGUGUGAAAGUAAAUGGGUGUUCGAGGCGUAUGGGUGGCUGUCAGUGUGGGGAGGCAUCUGUGUAUGGCUGUUGGGAACAGCAACCAAAAAGUGCUUUUGGUUUUGUUUGAGAUAACAUUCUGUUUCCACUUAAUUACUAGUUUGUGGCCUACAUCGUAGGUCAAGUUAUUUCCCACCCCAUUUUAUCUUGAUAAACCCGUUUGCAUUUCUGUAAAACUUCUACAACUUCUGGUUUCAGAACUGUCCACAAGGUGGUCCUGUUAACUGUUAUUUCCUUUGAUGUUUUGAUUUUGAAGUUUAGCUCUCAUGCAAAUGUUUCAGGCAUGUAUAUAUGCAGAAGGCAAUUUUUAGGUGAUUUUUCCAUUUCUUGGAUGAAAUAUAAAGCAAGCUUUAAUAUUCCGACCUGUUCAUUUGAAAUACAAAAAAAGUAAGUGAAUUUUAAUGUUUUGUAUUAACUAAAGAAAUCUGAAGAUUAAUGUUGAGGAAAGUGUAUGGACAUGCCUUUGUGAAACCAGGAAGUAUUUUAAGUUAAAAAUGAAAAAGCUUUUAAUUGCUUUGUGUGUGUUUUAGUGGAGCCCCAUUUUAGAAUUAUUAUUUUUUUUCCAUCUCCCUUUACCAACAAAAGGAACAAUGCCACGGUGAAUGGAAUAGUUUGGGGAAAGCUUUGCCAAACACAACCCUGAUUUCAGAGCAGGAACAUGGUUUAGAUAGAUCUUCAGUUCCGCUUGAAUUUUUCUGUUACUGUGCUGUCAUUUUCAGAAGAUUUCCAUUCCUUUACAGAUGCUGUUGGGAGUUCGGGAUUAUGUUCAUUUCUUCUGUCAUAAUGGCAUUCAAUACUAAUUUUAUAAGUGCAUCUUGUGUGAAACUCAAUAAAUUCAAUUUUGUAAUCUUUUUUAAAAAGGUCACUGAAUUUCUUUUAAUAUUUACUAUUGUAUUUGGAAGAGUGAAUUUCCCACUGUAUAAUAAGAAUUUAUUUGUAAUUCA